GUGAUUGCAGGUGCUUUCGGGAUAGUUUAAUAUCCAGUCAAGAAGACUGCAAUGGCUUUAGGAGAAGCCCUGUUUGAUGAAGAGCUCGGCAAACCUAUAGGGCAGAUUGUUGCCGUAUGCGGCCGCAACCAGAUACUGAGUUCCACAUUGCAGUCAAUUAAGUGGAGGGUCCCUGUGAAGAUUAGAGGAUUUGAGACCCAGAUGGAGAAAUGGAUGGGUGCUUGUGAUUGUAUCAUAACAAAGGCAGGGCCUGGUACAAUUGCUGAGGCAUUGAUCAGGGGACUUCCUAUCAUCCUCAAUGACUUCAUACCUGGACAGGAGGUUGGCAAUAUCCCAUAUGUAGUAGACAAUGGAGCUGGAGCUGGACUCUUGGCGCUUCCGUGAUUGCAGGUGCCUCCGGUUCCGACUUCACAAAUUACAUAUAGAUAGUUUAAUAUGUUUGAUGUGUAAGCAAGGUAAUCAAAAAUACCUUAUUAUAUAUGAUGAGACAGUAAUUGUACAAUAUAUUCUUU